CAGUUCUGUCAGCAGUCUGCUUAACCCAUAAUGGUAAAGCCUUUGUGAAAUCAAACUUGCAUAAAUGAAAGACGUCAUAGUUCAACCCACCCUCUCGAAACAGAUGAAUGUGAAUCAUCAUUUCAUCAGUUUCUUCACCAACAAUCACUUCAAGAAUUGACUUACUGGUCUGAAACUUGUGUUUAAAUCAGUUGUGUUUUUUAUUACUAAAUUCUAAACUUUGUCUGUGUUUUGGUUUGAUUGAGAAGUGUUACUUGAUUAAGAAAACCACAUAUAAUUGUUUUUAAUGUUCUGUUUCGUCAUGCAGAAUCCUUUCAUUUAUUGUAACUUUGUACAAGAUUAUAUAUAUAAGUUUCUAGAUUAACUCACACAAACCUUCUGUCUUAGUUGAUAAUUCAUGCCUUUAGUGUCAUUAGUUGCUUUGAAAAUGGAAGACUUUGAAGCUGAUUUAUCUGUCGUUGAUGUUUAUGAUAUUGCUUCUGAAAUCGGGAAGGAGUUUGAGAAAAUAAUUGAUAGUCAUGGAGUGGAAGCAAUCACCAGUCUUAUGCCAAAAGUAAUUAAUGUUUUAGAGCACUUGGAAGUACUAGCUACCAAAAAUGAAAGGGAAAACACCGUGGUACAGGAACUGAAAGGCAAAAUUGUAAAAUUAGAGAGUGAGAAAAUUGAGAAAGCUGAAGAUCGUCAGCGGUUUGAAAGGGAACUUGAACAAAUUGAAGAUCACUGGAAAGAAGAAACUCAAGAUCUUUUAUCCAUGGUUACACAACUUCAAGAGGAGAAUAAGAAGUUGAAUAAUUCAUUGGCUGCUAAGGAAGACACUUCAUCAGAUGGGAUUUCUCAACCGUUGAGUCCAGAAGUUGAUAUAUGUGUCAUGCAGAAACUACGUACAUUGGUUGAUAAAUUGAGGGAACAAUUGAGAGCCAAGGACAAGGAGCUUGCAUCAAAAUCAGCUGAAAUUGAAAAUCUGCGAGGUCAAAAUGAUCGGCUAACGAGUUUGUGCAUGGAACUUCGACGUAAGCAGAGAGUCAGCCAGAUGCAGAUAAGGGGACUGAUAGACGACAGGGCGGAUGUGAUAGCACAAGUUCAAGACCACCAGCGAGAGCUGGCCUGUCUGCGGGCGCAUCUCGGCAUCACUCAGAAGGAAAACGAAGACCUGACUCAGCAACCGGAAGAUCCUAAUCGCCCUAGGUUUACUACAGCUGAACUCAAAGAGAUUCUUCAUGAACGCAACGAGCUCAAAGCUAGAGUUAGCGAUCUUGAGGAUGAACUGGAGAUUUACUGUCCAAAACCAGCUGAAAGUUUGCAGCCUGAGGAUGAAACAGUGCAAGGGCCGCUGCCAUAUGAGCCUGAUGAUGCUCCAUGGAAAAAGAAAGAGCAAUCUGGUAUCAGAAAGUUAUUCAGUUUUAAACUGUGGAAUUAAGACGUCGUCUUCCGUUCAUUUAUUUUGGUCCAGAUGAUGUUGCAAGUUAUGUAAUGCAUGCUUUUCAACUAUCAUUUUUUGUAUAUUCGUAUUAUUGCUACAGCUUUCUACUAUUUCAUUGUAACUACGAAGAGAUUCAUUUAUUGCUAAUAUUAUCGUAUUGAAGCAAUCGUUUUAGAAUUAGUGAUCAUAGAAAUUCAUAUAUUUGUAUUUUUUUAAAUAAUUGUAAUGUUACUUGGACAGUAAAUGCCACUUGAUAUUCACAAAAAUGAGAAUCAAAAUGAGAAUCUGUAAUUUUAGAUUUGUGUAUCGUAAACAGACAUUUUUUUCAAAUUUAGUAGUAUCAAAACUAUCAUUGUUUCCUUACUUUAGGUUUAAUGUGUUUUUGUUUCAAGAAAUAUGUUUUGUUUACUUCAUCUUUAUGUUCAAUUUUGUUACCAAUAUUCUUGUAAGUUGAUGUUUAUUCUCCAUAAUAUAACAAACAAUAAUAUAUGUUUCUAUUUUAUUCAAAUGUUUUUAUCUAUCGACCCUUAGUAUUAUUAUUAUUAUUAUUAGGUACUCAUGUUUUUUCAAUGCCACUUCUGCUUUUUGUAAGUCACCAAUAUGUUAUAUCGAAAAUUAUUUUGUAAGCUUUUUAUUCUCUUUUAACUUACUAGACUAGCCUAUCAUUUGAUCCAACCUUGAAGAGAAUUUGUUAGUUUCAUUCUCAAAUUAACCAUUUUUUAUUAAAGUAUGUUCUGAAAUGUUGUAGAAUUUCUACUUUAAUUUGUAAAUUAAAGUAUGAGACUGAAAUGUUGAAAAUUUGGUUAUAGAUUUUAAUAAAUUAUUUUUAUUCAGUUAAUUGGGUUAGUGAUUAUUCAAAGAAGUUUCCUACUCAAGAUGCUAGUUAUCAUUCACUUUCUAUCUAAUUUAUUCAAAAUAAAUAACUAGUUUUUUAUUUUCAAAUUUUUGUUUUCUAGGCUACUCCCAAGAUGAAAUAAUGGGAAUGAAAUAAUUAUUUAUUAUGGUGGAGUAAGUUGUUCCUUAGUGAUCACUCAAGGAAUACGAGACUUAUUUAUUCUUACUCUGAAAUUCCAUGUAAACUGUUGAAAUUAAGGCUACCUCAUAAAAUAAAUGUCUCCUAUCAGGAAAUUUAGGAACAAUACAGUUUCUGAUAGUGAGCAAUUUGAGCUCUACUUUGGAGACAUGAUUUUUCUAGGAAAUAUCUUUUGCAACUUAAUAUAAAUAAAUAAUAAAUUGAAAUAAUUUUUAAGCUCAAGUGACCACAUCUUAUGUGAUUUGGAAAAUCAGAUUAUACUUUAAUAUUAGUCUUUUGUCACUAUUUUUCCACUGUAGCGAACUACCUAUUCAAUCAAGUCUCUUCCAAAUUUUAUUGUUAUUGCUCGAGAGAUAACUGGGAUUUUUAUAAAUCCAUAAUGUGCACGUUGGGGUGAAAUGGGUUCAUGGGUAUUAAUGACCGUUGUUUUAAAUUUAAUAAUUAAAAUAAUAGGUGCCUAAAUGUUAUUCUUUCAUGCAUUAUGCAUUGUAUUUCAAUUAUCAAAUUAAAAAUGGCUAAACUAUAUUUCCAUCAAACAUAGUUCACUAGAAGUAGAAAAUGUUAUACACUAUUCUGAAGAUAAACUAGCAAUAAUUGGGAGUUAUUCAUUUGCAAGUGCUCUAUCAUUUUUAAUCAAUUAGCAACUGAAUGGUUUUUACCAUUACUUCUAUCACCAUCUUAUUAUAUAUCAACUAUGAAAUAUUUGAUUAAAAUUUAAUAAUUUCUACAUAAAUUGUUUUGUACAUGAGAGGAAAUAUAUUUUUUCAACAGGGUACCAAGAAUAAUAUUGGUAUCGAUCUGAUUCAAUAAAAAGUAGUCGAUUCUCUCGUCUCAUUAGUUAAUUUCUAUUCGUAGUACAAUUUUGAAUAAUGUUUUUGUUCACAGUUUUCGCAAAGUGUUCAGCGAAUCAAAUGUAACAUUUCUUGGCACCAGUCCCAACCGAAGUUUGUCCUCUCUCUCCAAGAUGGCUCUAUCCGGAAACACCAACCUGGAAGCUAGUCACUGAACUAAACAUAUUUCAAAACAUAUAACCACGCUCACAUAUAGGUGAGGAUAUCCCCUGUACUCAAUAUAGAGCUGUAAUAUAGACUAGUAAGUUUCUGAGAAAUCUGAUAUAAUAUCAUUGGAACGACGUAUUGUUGAGACAAACAAGUUGAGGGGAUUUUGGAUAGCUCAGAUUCUAGUCCUUAUAAGAUAAGCUCUGAAUACAUAAUAACACCUUGAAAUAUCUAGAGCAUCAAUCAAUUUAUCAAUAGGUAGAUAUUAAAAUACGUUAUAAUUAUUGUUGAAAUGUUUUCAUCAGUGGAAACAACCCAAAAUAAAA